ACAACGCGAGAAAAAUUAGUAUUUUUGCACUUCACAAAUUAAUGACCAUGAGCUCGUUUUUGAUAAACUCCAACUAUAUCGAGCCCAAGUUCCCUCCCUUCGAGGAGUACGCGCAGCACAGCGGCCCGGGCAGCGGAGACGGCGGCCCGGGCGGGGGCCCCGGUUACCAGCAGCCCCCCGCACCCGCGACCCAGCACCUGCCGCCGCAGCAGCCCCAGCUCCCUCACGCGGGCGGUAGCCGUGAGCCCCCAGCCUCCUACUACGCGCCGCGGGCCGCCCGCGAGCCCGCCUACCCCGCGGCCGCACUCUACCCCGCGCACGGGGCCGCGGACGCCGCCUACCCCUAUGGCUACCGCGGCGGCGCCAGCCCGGGGCGGCCGCCUCAACCUGAGCAGCCCCCGGCUCACGCCAAGGGCCCGGCGCACGGCCUGCACGCGAGCCAUGUCUUGCAGCCCGGGCGGCAGCCCCCGCCGCCGCCUCCCCCGCAACAUUGCGCGGCGGCCCCCGCGCCCCCGCGGCGCUGCGAGGCGGCCCCAGCCACUCCGGGCAUCCCGGCAGGGGGCAGCGCCCCCGCGUGCCCGCUGGUCUUGGCAGACAAGAGCCCGCCGGGCCUGAAGGGCAAGGAGCCCGUGGUGUACCCUUGGAUGAAGAAGAUCCAUGUCAGCGCCGUGAAUCCCAGUUAUAACGGAGGAGAGCCCAAGCGCUCUCGAACCGCCUACACCCGGCAGCAGGUCUUGGAGCUGGAGAAGGAGUUCCACUUUAAUCGCUACCUGACCCGGCGGCGCCGCAUCGAGAUUGCCCACACGCUCUGCUUGUCUGAGCGCCAGGUCAAGAUCUGGUUUCAGAACCGGAGGAUGAAGUGGAAGAAAGAUCACAAACUGCCCAACACCAAGAUGCGAUCCUCCAACCCAGCCUCGGCCUCUGCUGGCCCGCCUGGGAAAGCACAAACUCAGAGCCCGCACCCCCUUCCCCACCCCCUCCCCGGUGCCUCCACACCCAUUCCCUCCUCCAUAUAAUCUAGAGACCUAGAUCAGUUUCUGCCCCUUACCUGUUCUCUCUUCUCCUGCUCCUUUCCUCAUUUACUCCUCCCCAUCUUGGCUAUAACAGACACCAAAACAAAACCCAACUUGGCGAAAAAACAAUAACCAAAAAGGAAAACGUUAUCCCCAGUAAGAGUAUGUGCUGGUUGCCACCCAAGGGCGGACAAUUUUUCAGGAUGCUGUUUGGUGGAACAACCUGCUGGCCUGACCAAGGCUGCCAGGUUUGGGUACCUGAGAAAGAACCAUUGCCAUCAAAUACUUCUGAGAUGUUUAAAGUCAGCUGAACAGUGCAUGCUGACUGAGGAAAUGUACUUGUUGUGUAUUUGUUGCAAGCAGAAGAAAGGAGACCCUUUCCCACUUUCCUUACCACCCCUCCUCCAUUAAGAGAGCUCACAUGAGCUUGUAUUGAACUGAAUAAAUGAGUAGACAUUGUGGACCUCGCAAGAUUAUUUAAUUCUCAAAAUGUGUAGACCUUGAUGAUAGGUGUGACAUGUUAGCUUCCCUUCCUUGCAUUUAUUUAAGAUAUUGUCAUAGAGAUAUUGUCUUAUUCUGGGGCACAAUCUUGGGGAGAGGGAAAUGUGUUUAUACCCACGUGCAACUGUACAAAGUGUGAUAUGACUGUAUAAAAAGCCAUGCGCUAAGAAUAAACUUCGUUUUGAGAAAACAUUAAAAUCUAAGA